UCUCCAGGGCAGGGGAGACGCACACAGAACGAGGGAGCGAAGCAGAGAGGCAGCAGACGAGUCAGGCUCUUCCCUCUGCAGCCUGAGCAUCAACUUCUGCAAAGUCCAUACCAUGGGGAAGCCACCAAAAGCGAUUCUCUUCCCUCUGUUCAUCUUCCUGCUGGGAGCCUCUUGGGGGGCUCAUGUGCCCCAUCCCCCCAUCCCUUCCAAUGCUACAGUUUUCUCUCAUGUCUAUACCAUCAAGCUGGCAGGGGAUGGAAAGGAGGGGGAGGAUGUCUCCCUCGCACCGCAGGAGGCCCUGGGGCCCCCAGGCUCCUCACGGGGAGGAGGCCUCUACGAACACACCCUGGAAGGGCCUGACCAAGAACACGUGGUUUUCACCCACCGCAUCAACCUGCCUCCCCAGGCCUGCGGUUGUUCACCUGGCACCGAGGACAUACAAGAGCUCUUGAGACGGCUGCAGGCGCUGGAGAAUGAAGUCCGGACGCUACGGGAUACCUGCCAAGCUGGGGGAGGCUGCUGCCCUGCUGCCUCCAGUACCCAGGCUAGUACAGGUCAGACAGACAUACGCACCUUGUGUUCACACCAUGGCUCCUUUGAUCUCUCUCGCUGCCUGUGUGAAUGUGAGCCAGGUUGGAGCGGCCCUACCUGUGCUGAGCAAGCUUGCCCAGGCGGGUGUGGUGGUGCGCAACGUGGCAAGUGCCUGAAUGGGCGAUGCCAAUGCCGUCCUGGCUACUCUGGUGCUCGCUGUGAGGAGCCACCUUCCUGCCCGGACGAUUGUAAUGACCAAGGCCGUUGUGUAGAUGGACGUUGCUCCUGCUUCCCAGGAUAUGUUGGUCCUUCCUGUGCUGACCCAGCCUGCCCCCAGGGUUGCCGGGGUCAUGGUCAGUGUGUGUCAGGGCGGUGUGUGUGUGAUCCUGGAUAUUCUGGACUUGAUUGUGGGACCCGAGCCUGUCCUAGCAACUGUAACCAACGUGGAGAGUGCCGUAAUGGACGCUGUGUGUGUCAACAGGGCUACUCUGGGCCCGACUGUGGGACCCAGACCUGCCCUAGCAACUGUAACCGACGUGGAGAGUGCCGUGAUGGACGCUGCAUUUGUGAGCAAGGUUACUCUGGGCCCGACUGUGGUAACCGGAAGUGCCCUAGCGACUGUAACCAACACGGAGAGUGCCGUAACGGACGCUGUGUGUGUCAACAGGGCUACUCUGGGCCUGACUGUGGGACCCAGACCUGCCCGAGCAACUGUAACCGACGUGGAGAGUGCCGUGAUGGACGCUGCAUUUGUGAGCAAGGUUACUCCGGGCCCGACUGUGGGACCCGGACAUGCCCUAGCGACUGUAAUCAACGUGGAGAGUGCCGUAAUGGACGCUGUGUGUGUCAACAAGGCUACUCCGGGCCUGACUGUGGAACACAGACCUGCCCGAGCAACUGUAACCGACGCGGAGAGUGCCGUGAUGGACGUUGCAUUUGUGAGCAAGGUUACUCCGGGCCCGACUGUGGGACCCGGACAUGCCCUAGCGACUGUAAUCAACGUGGAGAGUGCCGUAAUGGACGCUGUGUGUGUCAACAAGGCUACUCUGGGCUCGACUGUGGAACACAGACCUGUCCUAGCAACUGUAACCGACGUGGAGAGUGCCGUGAUGGACGCUGCGUGUGUGAACCAGGCUUUACAGGCCCAGCGUGUGGCACCAAAUCCUGCCCUAAUGACUGUAGCCAGAGAGGGCGCUGUCUUAAAGGAGGUGUGUGUGCCUGCCACAAGGGAUACACAGGACCGGACUGUGGACAGCUGGCAUGUCCAGAAGAUUGCAGUGGCCAUGGAGAGUGCCAGAAUGGGGUGUGCCAGUGCCAUGAUGGUUAUUCUGGAGAUGACUGUUCCAUAGAGAUCCCAUCCAUUGGCGUCCGUGUGUCUAGACGAGACGAAACAUCUUUCCGCCUGGAAUGGAAUCGCCCAGAGACAUCUGUGGAUGGAUAUGAGAUCCAUGUUGUGCCUGUGGAGGAUCAAGAUGCAGGUGUUUCUGUACGCCUGCCUGGUGCUGAGACGGCCUUUGAACGCACAGGCUUGGAGCCAGGAAAGGAAUACACAGUCACCAUCCGGGCAGAAAAGGGACAACGCUACGGGCCCCCCGUCUCCCAGACCGUCCAUACACGGAUUGCACCUCCCCGAGGCCUGAAAUUAUCCAGUGCAACAGAAAACACCCUGAACUUGCACUGGGAUCCACCCACCACCCGUCCUGAUGGCUACAUCCUAAACUACGUGCCUCUGGUCCCUACUCGGCCCACCCAAGAGUCCAAACGCCUGGAGCUGCCUGCAGAACCUGAAAGUGUCACUUUGGAAGAUCUGGAGAGUAGGACCCGAUACCGGAUAACCCUGGUUGCCCACCAGGGUGGUGAGAACAGCCGAGCCACCAACAUCGUCACCAGCACUACCGCACCAGCACCAAGGCAGCCAAUCCGUCUCUACACAACAAUGUCCCCAUCUUCCCGUCCAUAUCCUGUCACUUCUGACUCUGGUCCUGGGACCAGGAAGCCAGGCGCCAGACCACCCACAGACCACAAUCCACCUGACACCCCCUCGGUCAGUGACCCCUUUAUGAGUCACAUGGUGCAAAACAUCUCAGCCAAGCUUUCUGUGUUCAGUGGGACUUUCCUUGAGCGCUUGGAGAGCUACCUCCGUACCAUCAAGUUCCGUGACGACAAUUCCAUUCCGAGCGUGGCCAAGGCCAUUUACUUCUACCUGAUGCAACGGAAACCCAAGGAAUUCCAAGAGCUUGACCAGUUGUUUAAAAAAAGAGAAUUCUUCAUUGGGGAUACAGAUAGUGCCUUCUCAGAAGGAUAUCCCCGUCCAGAUCACACCAAGCCGACCGUGCUAGCCAGCUUCCCAGGUGGCAUUAAGGUGUCCUUGGAUGGUGUGAAGAGGCACUCCGACUAUGUGGUUAUCCGCUACCACAAUACAAGGAGUGGAGAAGAAGGAGAGUUAGUGGUGCCUGGAGACACUUCCACAGCUGUCAUCACUGGGUUGGAUCCUGGCACAACCUACAAGCUGGAGAUCCACGGAGUGGUGAAAGGAGUUUCCUCUAAGUCGUACUCCUUUCUAACCUCCACAGCUCCAGGUUCACCUGCACCUGCACCUGACAAGAUCCGAACUACUCCUGGUCCUACUCCAACCCCCAGAAUGCCACUGAGAGACCUGACAGCAGCUGACGUCUCUCCAAAUAGUUUCCGUGUGAUUUGGUCAGCCCCACCCAAUUCCUUCCGCAGUUUUUCCCUUCAGUAUAGGGAUCCUAAAUCCAGUGAACCCCCAAGGGAAGUCAGAGUACCAGGGAGUGAGAGAAGUGUCAAUGUGAUGGGUUUAAACCCCAGCACUGAAUAUGAGCUGCAGUUACACGGAGAGAAGCCUAGUGGGAACUACAGUGCUCCACUAACAGCAAAGAUAUCUACAGCACCAGAGGUGGAAAGAGAAAAACCCAGCCUGGGAGAGCUCUUGGUCUCAGAAGUCACAGACAGCUCUGCCCGCCUCUCCUGGGAUGUCCCUACAGGGAACUUUGACUCUUUUGCAAUCCAGUAUAAAGAUGCUGAAGGCAAACCACAGUCAGUCUCUGUCGAAGGUGGCUCUCGGGAAGCCACUGUCUCUAACCUGGUACCUUCCCGGAAAUACAAGUUUAAUCUCUAUGGACUCAUAGGCCGCAAGCGAGUCGGCCCCGUUUCCAAGGAGAUGGUCACAGCCCGCGAACCAAAGACUGAGCCCACCUUGGGAGAACUGUCCGCCUCAGAUGUCACCCAUGAUUCUGUCCGCCUGACCUGGAGUGUCCCCUCAGGGAGCUUUGACUCCUUCUUGGUCCAGUACAAGGAUGCUGAAGGCAAACUCCAAGUGCUGCCAAUGGAGGGGGUCUCUCGCGAAGUCACCAUUCCUAGCUUGACCCCUUCCCGCCGCUAUAGGUUCAAUCUCUACGGCAUCGCUAAUCGCAAACGUCAUGGCCCUGUCACUACAGACGUCAUCACAGCAGCAAGAGGGGAAGUCCCUGUGCUUUCGCCUGAGCCUGUCCUGGGUGACCUCUCCGUCUCAGACACCACCAGCAACUCUGUCCGCCUCUUAUGGAGUGUCCCCACAGGCAGCUUUGACUCCUUCCUGCUCCAGUACCAAGACUCAGAGGGCAACGGCCAAACCCUGCCCGUGGACCGAGAUUCCCGCGAGGUCACCGUUCCAGACUUGGUUCCUUCCCAAAGAUACCGGUUCAACCUCUAUGGCAUUUCUGGGCCCCAACAACUGGGGCCCGUCUCUGUUGAUGCUGUCACAGCAGCAUCUCGGGAACCAAGACCCGAUGACGGAAGAGUGCCUCCGCCCAGCCUAGGGAAGCUCUUGGUUUCUGAUAUCACCAAUGACUCUGUCCGUCUCUCCUGGACGGUCCGUACUGGGAGCUUUGACUCCUUUCUGGUCCAGUUCAAGGAUUCAGAGGGCAAGCUCCAGGCCCGGCCUGUGGAUGGGCGCUCCCGCGAAGCCACCAUCCCCAACUUGACUCCUUCCCGCAGAUACAAGUUCAACCUCUACGGUGUCUCUGCCCGGAAACGCUUUGGCCCCAUCUCAGCUGACGCCACCACAGCAUCACACCUGCAGGAACCUCCAGCUCCAGUCCCUCCCAGUUUGGGAGAGCUCUCAGUCUCUGAUAUCACCAGCGAUGCUGUCCGUCUCUCCUGGACUCUCCGCACUGGGAGUUUUGACACUUUCCUGGUCCAGUACAAGAAUGCCGAGGGCAAACCCCAAACCUUGCCUGUGGAGGGAGUCUUCCGCGAAGUCAUCGUGCCCGGCCUGACUCCUUCCCGCAGAUACAAGUUCAACCUGUAUGGUGUCUCGAACCGCAAGCGCUUUGGCCCCAUUUCUGCUGAUGCCACCACAGCUACACCAGUGGAAGUGACCACAGAGCGGAUUACCAUUCAGCAUAGCCUGGAUCAACUCUCAGUUUCUGAUGUCACCAGCAACUCUGCCCGUCUCUCCUGGAUUGUCCCCACUGGGAAUUUUGACUCCUUUGAAGUCCAGUACAAAGACACAGAAGGGAAACCUCAAGUGUUGCCUGUGGAUGGGGCUUCCCGCACGAUCACAGUCCCAAACCUGGUGCCCUCCUGGAGAUACAAGUUCAGCCUCUAUGGAGUGUCUGACGGUCAGCGUCUUGGCCCCCUCUCUGUGGAGGCUGUCACAGCACCAGCAUCGCCAGGGGAUCGAGAAAUAUUGACUCCACAGCCCCGUCUGGGGGAACUCUCAGCUUUUGAUGUUACUAGCCAUUCACUCCGACUCACCUGGAGUGUCCCUAAUGGGAGCUUUGAUUCCUUCUUGAUCCAGUACAAGGAUGCGGAAAGUAGACCUCACACGCUUCCUGUAGACGGAGGCUCCCGUGAGGUCACAGUCUCCAACCUUAUGCCUUCUCGCAGAUACAAGUUCAAUCUUUUAGGAAUCUCCGGUCGCAAGCGAAUUGGUCCUGUCUCCACUGAAGCUCUCACAGCCUCACUGGUGGAGCCCACAUCACCACUCAGACUAGGGGAGCUGUUGGCUAGUAACGCCAUGCCGAGUUCUGUUGACCUUUCCUGGACUGUGGAGGCUGGGAAUUUUGAUUUAUUUAUCAUCGAGUACCGAGAUGCUGAGGCCAAACCACAAGUCCUCCCUGUCGAUGGGAGCCUGCGCUCGCUCCAUGUCCAUGACUUGACUCCCUCUCACAGAUACCGAUUCAACCUCUAUGGUGCUUCAGGCCAGAAGCGCCUGGGCCCCAUCUCCACAGAAGCCAUCACAGCUCCGCAACCCACCACACCACCGCCCCAGCCCACCUUGGGAGAGCUUUCUGUCUCUAACAUCACAAGCAAUUCUGUCCUCCUCUCCUGGACUGUGCUUACUGGGGACUUUGACUCCUUCCUGAUCCAAUACAAAGACGUCGAAGGGAAACUCCAGGCAUUGCCCAUGGACGGAGGUUCCCGCCAGGUCACUGUCCCCAGCCUGGCUCCUUCCCGCAGAUACAAGUUCAACCUCUACGGAGUCUCUGGCCGCAAGCGUCUUGGCCCAGUUUCCAUCGACACUGUCACAGUAUCACCCACAGUGGAACCUCCCAGCCUGGGGAAACUCUCUGCUUCUGACAUCACCAGCAACUCUGUCCGUCUUUUGUGGAAUGUCCUCACUGGAAACUUUGAUUCCUUCUUGGUCCAGUACAAGGAUGCAGAGGGUAAACCUCAGGCCCUUCCCGUGGAUGGAGCCUUGCGUGAAGUGACCGUCCCCAAUCUGGUGCCUGCCCGCAGAUACAAGUUCAACCUUUAUGGCGUUACCGGUCGCAAGCGCCUUGGUCCUGUUUCUACCGAUGCUGUCACAGCCUCUGACACCCCACCCACCUUGGGGGAGCUCUCUGUCUCUGAUGUCACCAGUGACUCCGUCCACCUCUCCUGGACCGUCCCAACGGGGAACUUUGACUCCUUCUCAGUCCAGUACAAGGAUGCUAAAGGCAAACUGCAGACAUUGCCCUUGGACGGAAGCACCCGUGAGACCACCGUCUCUGGCCUCACUCCUUCCCGCCGAUACAAGUUCAACCUCUAUGGUCUUUCAGGGCGCAAGCGCGUGGGCCCCAUCUCUGCUGAUUCCAUCACAGAAAAGCAGAAGGAAGAACAACGAGAAGAGCCAGAUGAGGACACCCAUGUCCCUAGCUUGGGGGAACUCUCAGUUGCAGAAGCAACCAGUGAUUCUGUCCGGCUGUCAUGGAGUGUCCCAAAGGGGAAUUUUGACUCCUUCCUGGUUCGGUACAAAGAUGGAGACAAUGAGCCACAGACUCUGCCCAUAGAUGGUGGCGCUCGUGAGGUCACAAUCACCUACUUGGUUCCUUCCCGCAGAUACCACUUUGAUCUCUAUGGCAUCUUUGAAGGCGAGCAUCUUGGGCCCGUAUCCACUGAUGCCUCCACAGCUCCCGAGCAGGAGGGAAGAACCACGCCAUCCCCACAGCCCGAUCUGGGGGAGCUCUCUGUCUCUGAUGUUACCAGCAACUCUGUCCGCCUCUUUUGGUUUGUCCCUGUUGGGAUCUUUGACUCCUUCCUGGUCCAGUACAAGGAUGUGGAUGGGAAACCGCAGGCACAGCCUGUGGAUAAGGAGACCAACUCAGUUGUGAUCUAUUACCUAGUGCCUUCCUACAAAUACAAAUUCCACCUCUACGGCAUCUCUGGACGCAGGCGCUUUGGCCCAAUCUCAGUCAGCACUGUCACAGCAACAGCAGAACCAACCAAGGAGCCAGGAGAGGAGGCAAUUACUCCCAGACCGGACCCUAGACUGGGAGAGCUCUCUGUCUCCGAAGUCACCAGUAACUCUGCCCGCCUUUCGUGGAGUGUCCCCGUGGGAAGCUUUGAUUCAUUCUCAGUCCAGUACAAGGAUGCAGAGGGAAGACCCCAGGCGCUUCCCAUAGAAGGGGGAUACCGUGAGGUCAUUGUCCCCAACCUGGCUCCCUCUCACAAAUACAGGUUCAAUCUCUAUGGUAUCUUUGGACAACAGCGUCUUGGACCCAUCUAUGCAAGUGCCAUAACAGCAGCAGCAGAAGCUCCAGCGAACGAAGAGCCCCGCCUGGGAGAGCUCUCUGUCUCCGAGGUCACCAGCAAUGCUGCCCGUCUCUCCUGGAGUGUCCCCGUGGGAAGAUUUGAUUCUUUCUCAGUCCAGUACAAAGAUGCAGAGGGAAGACCCCAGGCGCUUCCCAUAGAAGGGGGCUCCCGUGAGGCCAUUGUCCCCAACCUGACUCCCUCUCACAAAUACAGGUUCAAUCUCUAUGGCAUUUCUGGAAACCGACGGUUCGGGCCCAUCUCUGCCAAUACUGUGACAGCUGCAGAAAGUCCUAAGCCAGAGGGAAUAGAAGGCACAAUUAUUCAGCCCCGCCUUGGAGACCUCACAGUCUCUGAGGUCACCCCAGAUUCCCUUUUGCUCUCCUGGAGCAUCCAGGAAGGUAGUUUUGACUCUUUCCUCAUCCAGUACAAGGAUGCUGUGGGCAAGCUCCAAGUGCUCCCUGUGGAUGGAGGCAUGCGGUCCCUCCACCUCUACAACCUCACACCUUCACAGAGAUAUAAAUUCCACAUCUACGGAGUCUCCAGCCACAAGCGUUUUGGGCCCAUGUCGACUGACGCUGUCACAGGUCAGCAGAGAUUUUUGGCUCCAGAGACUUCCCCAGAGGAACCUACCAUCCCGCCCAGACUAGGAGAUCUCUCUGUCUCCAAGGCCACCAGUGACUCUGUCAGUCUGUCCUGGAGUGUCCCUGCUGGGAGCUUUGACUCUUUCCUCAUCCAGUACAAAGACACAGAGGGCCAACCCCAAGUGCUGCCCCUCGAUGGCAACUCCCGUGAUGUCACUGUCCCCAGCCUGGCUCCUUCUCACAGAUAUAAGUUCAAUCUGUAUGGCAUUUAUGGCCAGAAGCGUCUUGGUCCUAUCUCCACCGAUGCUGUCACAGGCCCAGGCACCCCGCCAGGGAGCAAGACCCCGCUCAGGCUUGGAGAACUGUCAGCCCACGACAUCACCCCAGAAUCAGUCCUCCUCUCCUGGACCGUGGAGACGGGGAAUUUUGACUCCUUUAUCAUCCAGUACCGGGAUUCAGACGGGAAACCCCACGCUCUGCCCGUGGACGGGGUCUUGCGCUCACUGAGGCUCCACGACUUGGCCCCCUCUCACCGGUACAGGUUCAACCUCUACGGUGCCUCCGGCCGCAAGCGCGUUGGCCCCAUCACCACAGAGGCUGUUACAGCCCCUGGAGGAACAGCCACUCCCCGGCCCACCCUGGGGGAGCUUUCGGCCUCCGAUGUCACAGGCACAUCCGCCCACCUUUCCUGGAGUGUCCAAACCGGGGAUUUUGACUCCUUCAUUGUCCAGUACCGAGACGCAGAGGGCAAACCGCAGGCAUUGCCCAUGAAUGGAAGCUCCCGUGAUGUUGUAAUCUCCAACCUGGUACCAUCCCGUAAAUACAGAUUCAACCUCUAUGGCAUCUCUGGGCGGAAGCGCUUUGGCCCUGUCUCCACCGAAACAGUCACAGGUCGAAUAGAGAUCCAGCCCAAACUGGGUAACCUCUCCAUUUCCGAAGUCAUCUCUGACUCUGUCCGUCUCUCAUGGACCAUCUCAGCUGGGAAAUUUGACUCUUUUCUCAUCCGGUAUAAGGAUGCUGAGGGAAGUCCCAAGACAUUGCCUUUAAAUGCAGACUCUCGCACUGUUGUCAUCACAGACCUGAUGCCUUCCUACAGAUACAAGUUCAGUCUCUUUGGCAAAUCUGAAGGGAAGCAGAUUGGACCGAUCUCCACCGAUGCUGUCACAGCUUCCCUAGAAGCCAUCAGUAUACCAACAACCUUACUCAAUCACCUGGUUGUCUCCGAGGUGACACCCACCAGCCUGAAGCUCACAUGGGAAGCUCCCAAGAGAGAGUUUGAUUCCUUCCUGGUCCAAUACAAGGACUCUCUCCUGGGAAGUGGACAGGUCCCUGUGCCAGCCAAAGACAUUAACGUGCCUGGGAAUGAGCAUUCUACUGUGCUUCGGGGUCUGACACCCAACCGAGAAUACAGCCUCACCGUCUACGGCAUCAGGAAUGGGUCACAAGUGGCCAGUCUCAACACGGCAGCAAGGACAGGCGGGCUAGAGCUGGACAGUCCUCGGGACCUGCGGUUCAGUGACAUCCGCGAGACCUCCGUUGUGGCAAACUGGAGACCCCCGUCCUCUCGCAUUGAUCGCUAUAAAGUUUCCUUCCAGCCCUCAGACGGAGGCGAGCCCAAAAGCAUAAAUGUGGAUGGAUCCAAGCUGAAAACAAUCAUCGAAGGCUUAACUCCAGGGGCCAGCUAUGAAGUCAUCGUGAUGUCUCUCCGUGGGUUUGAGGAGAGUGAGCCUUUAGUGGGCUAUGUCACUACAGUUCCAGACGGUCCCUCCGACUUGCGUGCUGUCAACGUGACCGAUUCCUCAGCCGUGUUGACAUGGCAACCGGCCAUGGCCGAGAUGAACAACUACAUCGUCACCUAUGAGCCUGCUGGUGGUGCUAGGGUCUCUGAAUCAGUGCCAGGAAACCGGGCCCAGCUGCGGCUGUCAGGGCUGCGACUGGACACAGAGUAUCGGGCCAGCGUCUACGGCGAGAGGGAAGGAAACCGUAGCUCUCCAGUCAGUGCCACCUUCACCACUGGAGUGGAUGGACCCCGGGACCUCCGAGCUAGUGAGAUCUCAGCCCGUAGUGCUCAUCUCACCUGGUUACCACCCCGUGCCCCUCCUGGCGGGUAUCUGCUGAGCUAUGAAACCCCAUAUGGACAAGCCAAGGAGAUCCCCUUAGAUGCUUCUGUCACCUCAUACCAACUCCAAGACCUCAUUCCUUCCAGCCGGUAUCAGGUUCAAGUGCAGGCCCUGAGGAGGGGCACACCAACAGCCCCCAUCUCUACUUCAUUCAGCACUGGACACCUGACAUACCCCUUCCCUCGGGAUUGCGCAGAGGAGAGCAUGAAUGGGCCAGGGUCCUCACGAGUAACAACAAUUUAUCUGGGGGGCAACCAGGGCCGCCCCUUGCAGGUGUACUGUGACAUGGAGACUGAUGAUGGAGGAUGGAUGGUUUUUCAGCGUCGGAUGAAUGGCGAGACUGAUUUCUGGCGCGACUGGCAGGAUUAUGCCACCGGCUUUGGCAACCUCACCCGGGAGUUUUGGCUCGGGAACGACGCUUUGCACCAGCUGACAACGUCCGGGGACUACGAGCUGCGUGUGGAUCUCCACGCUGGGAACGAGUCUGCCUAUGCGAAAUACCAGCAUUUCCUUGUGGACUCCCCUGCUGAUUAUUACCGCCUGCACUUGGGCAGUUACAGCGGCACAGCCGGUGAUGCGUUCAGCUACCACUCAGGCAGCGUCUUUUCCACCCGGGACCGAGAUCCCAACCGGGUCAUCAUCCCAUGCGCCGUCUCCUACCGUGGCGCUUGGUGGUACCGCAACUGCCAUUACACCAACCUCAACGGGCUUUACGCAAACAACCGCGACCACCAGGGUAUCAAUUGGUUUAACUGGAAAGGGUUUGAAUUCUCCAUCCCCUUCACUGAAAUGAAACUACGGCCCCGUGGCUUCCGACCCUUGCGGCGGCGGGCGUGAACGAGGCUGCAGAAAGGACUGAGGGGGGGAGUGGACGAAGGAGAGCAACAGCAGAGACCUCUCCCCAACAGGAUACCUCACACCCUGCCUUAGCCGUCUCCCUCACCGCCUGGAAGAAAGAGGAAGAGAAAUGGAGGGAAACAAAGCAAUGGACAAAUAUUAAAAAGCACCUUGUAUUAUUAUUUUUUAUUUUAUUGUCUGCCGCUGACCAGCCACAAAACAUCAGGAAUAUGAAGCCCCUGGAGGAGUCGCGCUGAGGGGCAGUGUUGAGAUGGGAGCGUUUUGUCUGUCUCAUGUCGCAAGGGACAGCCCUGGCCAGCAGCUCAUCUUCCUGAAGGGCCACUGAGAAGAGAGAGGUGGGCUAAACCCCCAACCUCUGGUGUAGAUUGGUAGCAAGGCCUGUUGUCACAGAUGCUAUUUCCUACACGCUUCUAGGCUGACAACUGUGUGUGCCAACAGGCAUCCCUUAAAGGUGGGGAGGUGGGAAUUUGCCUCUGGGCCUUCCAGUUGCUGAUCUCUUCUGCACAGGUUCCUGCUUCUGCAGUACCAGCUCAUCCUCUCUCCAGUCCAGCCUAAAGGUUUCUAGAUUUCGGUAGAAGGCCUCCUCUUUCUCCUCCCCAUUCAGAAAAUGGAGGAACUCGUGAAUGGCACUGAAAGCAGAUUAACCUAACAGCACUCCCCCCACUACUUUCUUUUUGCAUGUCUUUUGCCCCUCCCAGGAGCCUUUUCAGCUCAAGAGACAGAGUUCGAACUUCUACCUCCUGCCCACCAUCCCUCCCAAAACAGCAGAUUACGGUCGAGGAGGAGCACAGUGGUGCAUAGAUGUUAAGAAGGAGGCAAGCAGUGAAUUUAAAAGGCCACAGAAAUGGAAAGCGAGCUGAAAAAAUGAAUCCCAACGAGACCCCAGAAUGAUAUAUGUGAGAAAACAAAAUUGCUAACAUUACAGUUAAACCAAAAAAAACCCCAUAGAAAACUUUGCACAUAGUGCAACUAUGCAAAGAAAACCUGCACAUCUAUAUACACACAUCCCAUUAUCCCUGACAUUAUUUCCUAGGUGGAGGGAAUUAAUUUGUAUGGAGAAGAGUUCAGCCAUGUGAGCCCCCAGCUACAUUCUGGAAGUGGGACAGCCCAGAUACAGAUCUAUCACCAUGGGGGGGUGGGGUGAGGGGGAGAGACCUCAGGUGCUGCAAGUGAGCAAUUUGUACAGCGCCUAGUAGUCAACAGCUUUAUCAGUAAUAAACAUUAUGGGCUUCACAGUUAUUGGGUGCAUGCGCUCAGGCUUAGCUGGGGCAUUACAUAAUCGGGGCGGGGGGGUAACAUUGAAGUGGGCAAUAUCUCCCAUGUCGUGUGACUUGAAAUCUAUCCCCCACUUUCCUUAUGGGAGAAAUUGGGUCCAAUCCUUCAUGAUACCUGCUAGGGCUAGCAGAGGCCAGAUUGGGCUCAUGUUUACAAUUGCUUAUUCAAAAAGACAGAGAAAAUGGAACUCGUGAAACAAAAGGAAAGGAUCCAAAGCAAGCAGCCUAGCCUUACUUUGAAGCAGUCAAGCUACAUUUUUUUUUGUGGGGGGACCUCUGUUUUGGGGCCUCUUCUCUGGCAUUAAGGGGGAGGGAAUCACAGAACAGAGCAUAUUUAUCUUAUCUUGACUUCAGAAAGAGAAGCGUGUUAGGGCCAGAACCUCAAGGGCAAGAAUAAGGCAGGGAACUGAGUGAAAGGAUUCAAGAUGGAUUCUGAUGGACCGAUAGCAGGAAACUUCUGAUCAAAAGCGACCUUUUUUUGUUUCUGUUUUAAAGUACAAAUGAAAUUAAACCAAUGGGAGUAAAGCAGUGAAUGUGUACCCAGUUGGAAUGCCUGGGUUUUUGAAGAGUAGAUGUAGAAGAGUUCUGAAGCAAACCAGAGCCUAACCAAUGCAGCCCCCCUGCACCCCACGGGAGAAGACAGGAGCUGGCAAACCUUGUGUCCACCCACUUCCCCAAAAGGGGGAAGAAACAUGAUAAGCAGAUGAGAAUGUCUCAGGCAGGGCCUUCCUUGUUUUCCCACACACCCAUUCCAAGCACGAUUCAGAGACUCCUGGGGAUGCUCUGGUUUGAACAGAAUGAAGAUGGCACAAUUAGAAUUGCACCUUUUUAUUCUCAUGGCCCUCUGAGAGCAGCACACCUUCUUGGUGGUAGCAGAAGUGUGGGGGGAGCUGAGUGGACAAGAGUGGAUAGCUUUUCUUGUAGGGCAGCAGGAGGGUGUGUUGUCGGUGCAGAGGGGAUCCUUACGACUCGAGGUAGGGCAGGAUUUUUGCACGAAGGGUGGGUGGGUAGGAGGGGCAGGCUGUACAGUGUGACUUUUUAGAAGUGGAGUAAAAGUUCUCUAUAAAGUGCUUGGGGGGGGAAAUCUUUUGAUUGUCUUAAAAUGUUUAAAAUAAAAAAUGAAUUUAAAAUGA